UUCGCAGAGACGCCAGGGACUGGACAGGGAGUGUGUGACGUGGGACGCUCCGAACCUUCAGCUGCUUCCUUAUCAAAUUACAUCACCACGUCAGAGCAUAGUGCCAGCAUGGCGUUCACCCUGUACUCCCUGAUACAAACGGCUAUAUUAUGCACCAAUGCGAUAGCCGUUUUGCACGAAGAACGAUUUUUGAGUAAAAUUGGCUGGGCAGCGGAUCAAGGCAUCGGUGGAUUCGGUGAUGAGCCGGGGGUUAAAGCACAGCUCCUGAAUCUCAUUCGGUCUGUCAGGACGGUGAUGAGAGUGCCGUUAAUAAUAGUUAACUCGGUGUGCAUUGUAUUACUGCUGCUGUUUGGAUGAGGAACUACCCCCGGGAGAAUUGGACGAAACGAAUAAGAUCUGCAAAAGAACACAAGGACAAUUUCUUUGUCAACAUGGUCGUCACGGGUUGUCGCCACUCCGCAAUCUCCUGGCAAUUCUGAAGCGUCUCCACUUGAGUCUUAUUUUGCACCUCGUUUUUUUUGUAUCUCAACGGCAGUGAAUGAUGAAUUGUCUUUUAUAUCCACACGUGUCUCACAGUAUGCCAGUGUCUCUGUUGAGAUUUUGAUGCGGUUACAAUUACACAGACAGCUAGGUGUUCUCUGGAACACAGGAGGACUGAGAACUGCUUCUAUCCUUGACACAACACAAGGGGAAGAAGAAGAAGAAAAAAAAAACAUCUUUUCUACCCUGGGACAUUGCCUUGAACACAGUUCGGCCUCGGUUUAAAAUAAAGUGUUUCAUUUGUCACCUGUGACAUCUACUCCACCAGUUUACCACACAGAUUUCCAUGCGGGUUUAUUUUUCUGCUGAGCAGUUCAACUUCUGCCAGUCUGUGUGAAAGUAAAACACCCCUUGGAGAUGCGCUGGGGAGAUCUAUCAGCUGGGAAGAGUAGGAGACGUUACUGUAAAUGCACUCUGUACUACUCUUCCAUCUGUCAGUAUGCUUCCAGUAAGACCCAGUGCUAUAACCCAAAGCCAUCCCCUAUAGUCAGAGACACACUCAUAACUGAAGGAAUAUCAUUCAGAUUGUGUACUGUGGUGACUGGGUACAAUGAAAGUGCUGUACGUGUUCAUGGUCAUAGUCCAUAGUCCAUAGUCUCGUCUCCUGUGUCCAGGUUCUCAAAGAGGCCCGGCUGCUGUUUGUGCGCACGUGUUUCUUAUGAAGUGGUUUCAUCUUUUGAAUAUGAAAUCAUCAUAUCAUGCCACUCAUAACAUUAUGUCACCCAUUAUGUCCUUAAUGUUUUAAUAAAGACAACUGAACUUG